CGGAGCCCGGCCGGCGCGCUGAGGGCGGUGGGCGCCGGCGGAGGGGAGGCGUCGGGGCGCGGAGCGGCCGCCGACGGCCACAGCAGAGAGCUGGAUCAGAAGCAGAGCAGCUGGGACUCGAACCGGCCCCUCUAUGGGAUGCCGGCAACACAAGCAAGGAUUAACCUACUGCUCCAAUUCGCCGGCCCCGCCAAGAACCUCCAAUGCAAGUGUUUGGAACAACGUCCGGCGGGUUAAGCCUCUUCCUGGGACACCCACAUCCCAUGGGAACGCUGGUUGUAGUCCAGGCUGCACCACUUCUGAUCCAGCUCCCUGCCAGUGUGCUUGGGAAGGCGGCAGAAGGGGUCCAAGCCCUUGGGUCUCUGCCAGCCACGUGGGAGACCCAGCUGGAAUCCUAGGUUCCUGGCUUCAGUCUGGCCGUGUGGCCAUUUUGGGGAGUGAACCAGCUGAUGGAAGUUCCUCUCUCUCUCUGUAUCUCUGCCUUUCAAAUAAAAAGAUACCGAACAGGAAAGAAUUUUAAAAAUUUAAAACACGGAAGUACUCGAGCUGUCUUGCGUGUCAGGGGACAGAAACGGACUUCAUCCUUGCGUGUGCCUUCCUGCAUUUUGUUCUCACGUGGUAUUGAAAGUUCAGGAAGGGUGAGCUCGCUCUCUGCAGAACAAAGCUCUCAGCACACGUGUCUCUUCCACCAGGAAGCUUCCCCGGUUCAUUUCUGCUCCCUGUGUCGAGUGGCUGUGGCCCAGUGCUGCACUCCUGAAGACAAGGGGUCGUCUUCCUGGGGUGAUCACUGUCGCGCCCGUGGCGCCUGGCACAUAGCGGGUGCCCUGUGGGGAGGUGAGAGACACAGCCUGUUCAGUUUAGCAGCGUUCCACCCCAGGAGUCGCGUGUGCGUAUUCGGCACAUAGCCUCUGUGUGAGCUGGCCUGUGCGGUGUGAUGGAGUUGGUAGAAACCUAAGACCCAGGUGUGUUUGCUCACACCCGCACGAGGCUGGCUUGGUGCUGCGGUGCCUCGACUGCGGCUCCUGGAGAAGUAGCCUGUCUGACAGCGUCGCUGGAAGACGUCCACCGGUUCUGUCCUUUGGUGUUUGCCGAGUUGGUAGAGUUGGCCCAGGGCGCGGGAAGGCCUGUGUUCCGGGAGCCCUCUGUGGGGUUAAGUUCCCUGGGACGCGUGACGCGGUUUAGAUGCACGUCUUCACUCACGUCAGUUGAGGCUGUUAUCUGGUGCCAUACAGUCCACCUUUCCACCAUGAUGUUCCUGGUGUGGAUUUGUGGCUUUUAUCUGCGAUUUUUGCUGGUUUUAUCCGCGAGGAGGAGAGGCCGAGAUGUCUCCUCUGCUGGUUCACUCCCCGGAUGCCCGCAGCAGCCAGGAGCCGGGCACUCGAUCUGGGUCUCCCAUGUGGCAGGGACCCAGCUGCUUGCGUCCUCGCCUGCUGCUUCUCUGGGUGUGCGUUAGCCGGAAGCUGGAAUUGGGAGCAGAGCUGGGACUCGGGCCGGGCACUCUGAUACAGAAAUGCGGGCGUCCCCGGCAGCCCUCCCAGUCCCUUGGCGCAAUGCCUGCUCCCGUUCGUAGGUUUUAGAGCAAGAAGAAACCUCCGAGUCCAAUGGGGACGCUCUCCAUUUUCACAGACAAACAGAUGGAGAGCAUCCAUGCACCCAAAGGCUGUGUGUAAGACACCCGCUGGGCACAGAGGCACCCUGGUCACAGAGAUACAGCAGUGUCCGCACCACACGAGACUUCUGCUUCUUGUCACCGUUAGCUGCAAAGAUGGAAGAGCUGCCUGUGCCCCCUCCGUCACGCCCAGGCCGGCACUGUGCACACCGUACAGCAGGGCCUGCCUGGCGGCUACCUGAGGAGGUAGAUGACUUGCCUUUGCUUUGAGUGCACAGUUCGCAGUAGUGAUUAGGAAGUGUGGGUUUUGGAGUCUGUCCCUGGUUUGAAUCCUGACUCUGCCUUUACUUGAUGACCUACUUUCAGCUGUGUGGCCGUCUUCUCUGUACUUGGGGUCAGGUUAUCUAGUGCCCUGCCACAAACCACCCCCAAGCUCAGUGCCUUUGAAACCAUUUUGUCUGAAAAUGUUGGGGUCAGGAAUCCAGGAGGGCGUGCACUGGUGGAUUCUUGGUUGCACGUGGUGUCGUCCAGAGGAGGACCGCCCUGGAGAGUCAGGUGGCCGUGGGGAGGGAUCGCCAACCCCAGCCACGGCCCUGCCCUUCUCCACGUCUUCUGCAGGCGGCUCAGACCUCCCAGAGCCAGUCAGGAAGACGACGAGGGGAACUCGUUAGCUCCCAAGGCCUGGGCUCAGAAGUGAGCACAGCCUUCAGCCUGCUUUCUCCGAGUUCUGGGGACAACAGAGCCUGCUCAGGUUAAGAGACAGGAACCUGGACUCCACGUCCCGAUGGACGUGUGGCCUUCUUUCACCUACGGCCCUCGCCGUCGUUUGCCGCACGUGGGGUAACAGCGGUGGCUCCCAGAUGGUCCUGCUGGGUCGGCUGUGAAGGGCUCGGCCCAGUUCCUGGUGCGUAGGUGCGUCUGUAGGUGCUUGUAUCACUGUUGUGAUUAGCUGUGUUCCUAUCGGUAGUUGUCUACAGAGCGUGUCAGAAAUACAAGAUCCACAUUCUUUUUCCAGAGCUGCUCCUGACCGUGUUGGGGAGGUACAGGACUGACUUCAGGAGGUAAUUUAGAGAACUGUAGUUAUUUUUUAAUUCAAAAAUAAAUUUUGGGGCCUGGCUCUGUGCGCAGGAGGUUAAUCCUCCACCUGCGGCGCCGGCAUCCCAUAUGGGCGCUGGUUCUAGUCCCGGCUGCCCCUCUUCCAAUCCAGCUUUGUGCCGUGGCCUGGGAAAGCAGUGGAAGGUUGCCCGAGCUCUUGGGCCCCUGCACCCACGUGGGAGACCCCAGAAGAAGCUCCUGCCUUCGGAUUGGCACAGCUUCAGCCGUUGCGGCCAUCUGGGGAGUGAAACAACAGAGGGAAGACUUUUUUUCUGUCUGUAACUCUACCUCUCAAAUAAAUAUCUUUAAAAAAAAAAGUAAAUUGUGGGGGCCGGUGCUGUGUUGUAGUAGGUUAAGCCUCUGCCUGCAGUGCUGGCCUUCUAUAUGGGCACUGGUUCAAGUCCCUGCUGCUCCACUUUUGACCCAGCUCCCUGCUAAUGUGCCUGGAAAAGCAGUGGAAGAUGGUCCAAGUGCUUGGGCCCCUGCACCUACCAGUGAGACCCAGAAGAAGCUCCUGGCUUCAGUCUGGCCCAGCCCUGACCAUUGCAGCCAUUUGGGGAAUGAACCAGUGGAUGGAAGGUCUCUCUCUCUGCCUCUCUCUCAUUCUCUGUAGCUCUGGCUUUCAAUGAACUAAAUAAAAAAAUUUUUUUUAAAAGAAUUGUGGAAGGGUUCAUAACUUUGUAUAUCAUAAUUCCAGGAGUUGGUCCAAAGAAUUGUUUCCAUUAUUUCUGUAGAGCUAGAAAUGUCUAAUGAAGGUUCAGGAUAGUUGCUGUAUUUUAACAUUGGUUUGUGGGUGAAAGUUUUGUGUUUUGUUUUCAAGGUCUUCCCACGGGAGCCAGUGAAGCCUAAGAACAGGGACCCCCGGGUCUCGGAAUUGAAGGCCCAGCUUUGGCACGUGGUGGCUUUAUGGUCCCAGACAAGCUGCCUGACCUCCCCACUGCUGUUUCUUCACCUGGAAAUUGUGCUAGCGGAGCCUUUAGAAGUGCUUGAGUCAGUGGAUAGUCCUGCAGUACAUGCCACAUGUCAGAUACUCAAGGCCACACGUGGCCAACGGCAGCCACGUUCACGCGCGGAUGGCCCUGCUCCACAGCCCUGGCCUCGGUGCCCCACGAAUGGAGUUUCUCAGGGGUCUCACACGGUUUGGCAUGGACCCUGUGGCCACCCACAGCUGCCACCUGCUGCAGCAGCUGCACGAGCAGCGCAUCCAGGGCCUGCUGUGUGACUGCAUGCUGGUGGUGAGAGGCGUGUGCUUCAAGGCGCACAAGAACGUGCUGGCCGCCUUCAGCCACUACUUCCGGUAUCUUUCUGUUACCAGGAGCCUCUUUCAGAACUCUUCCAGCCAGAAGAAUGACGUGUUUCACCUGGACGUUAAAAAUGUGAGCGGCAUAGGGCAGAUCCUGGACUUCAUGUACACGUCCCACCUGGAUCUGAAUCAGGACAACAUCCAAGUCAUGCUGGACACCGCGCAGUGUCUGCAAGUGCAGAACGUCCUCACGCUGUGUCACACCUUUUUAAAAUCCACCACGGUGGACCAGCCCGCUGGCCUGCCGUGUAACAGCGUGUUCUCCCUGCAGGGGGCGCUGACCCCAGAGGGUCCCUGUGUCCUGAGUGACAGCUACCCUCCUCACUUACUGCAGGAGUGCGCGGCGGACGCACCGCCCGGCAAGGUUCUGGAUGAGUCGCAGUCUCAGGCGCAGCCGACCGUCAGCCUUCCUCACGCCGCAGCUGACAUCGCCAAGCAAGCCCCGGACACGCUGGACGGUGGCUGCGCGGACCUGGCUUUCCGACAGCCGAGCUACUACUACAAGCUCAGGAACCUUUACAGCAAGCACUACAAGCAGGCCGCCUGCCCGAGCCACGAGCGCGUUGUGGAGCAGCCCUUCGCGUUCAGCUCCAACGGAGACCUCGCCGCCGCCGUGGAAAACCAGCCCUGCGCCGUGGGCCCCUCCGCGUGCCUGCUGGAGUCUCCGGAGCACCUGCCUUCCAACUUCCUGGCCCAGCCUCUGAGCAGCUCUGCCCCAGACCCUGAGCCGGACGCCGGCUGCCAGCAGCCCACCAAACAGAUGAGGCUGAAGAAGGCCGUCCAUCUCAAGAAGCUGAACUUCCUGAGGUCCCAGAAGCUGGCAGAGCAGGCCUGCGCCCCCGCGUCGGUGGGCGACGGGUUAGCCCAGGGGAUGGAAGCCACCUGCGAGAACGCCGGGGAGAAGGCCCGCAGCCAGAGUCCCCAUGAACAGGAAAGGGAGGACCUGGUCCCCCCGGAGAGUGACGUGGAGGUGCCCGAGGCCCCGGGGGCGCCGGACGAGCAGGCUCAGGCCCUGCAGGCCCAGAGGCAGUACGCGUGCGAGUUGUGCGGGAAGCCUUUUAAACACCCCAGCAACCUGGAGCUCCACAAACGGUCGCAUACAGGUGAGAAACCUUUUGAAUGUAACAUUUGUGGGAAGCAUUUCUCUCAGGCAGGUAACUUGCAGACCCACUUGCGUCGGCAUUCCGGUGAAAAGCCCUACAUCUGCGAGAUCUGCGGGAAGAGGUUCGCAGCCUCUGGCGACGUCCAGCGGCACAUCAUCAUCCACUCAGGAGAGAAGCCACACCUGUGUGACAUCUGUGGCCGAGGGUUCAGCAACUUCAGCAACUUGAAGGAGCACAAGAAGACACACACGGCGGACAAAGUGUUCACCUGCGAUGAGUGUGGGAAGUCGUUCAACAUGCAGAGGAAGCUGGUCAAGCACAGGGUGCGGCACACGGGCGAGCGGCCCUACAGCUGCGCUGCCUGCGGGAAAUGUUUUGGGGGCUCGGGGGACCUCCGCCGGCACGUGCGCACGCACACUGGGGAGAAGCCGUACACGUGCGAGAUCUGCAGCAAGUGCUUCACGCGCUCGGCUGUGCUGCGGCGGCACAAGAAGAUGCACUGCAGGGCGGACGCCGGCAGCCCGUGCGCGCUGGACGAGCUGGGCGCGACCGUGGAGGCCUCGGACCUGGACAGGUCUCAGAGCUCGGACUCCUACUCCCAGGAUGUGGCGGUGGCGCUGAUGCCCGUGUCCGUUAAACUCCAGGGCCAGCCGGCAGAAAGCUCGGCGUUUGACAACCAGGCCGCGGGCGCCUACUGCAAGCUACGCCCGGUGGUGCCGCCUCCCGGCGUCUCGGAGCCCGAGAAAGCAGGCCUGGAGCCUGAGAAGCUGGGGAAGCUGGCGCUGCCGCAGGCGCAGGCCUACGCCUACACGGACGUGGACAGCACGGCCGGCGGCGAGCCGCUGCAGGCCGACGGCAUGGCCAUGGUCCGCUCGUCUCUGGCUGCUCUGGACAGUCACUGCGCUGACCCCCUGGGCGCACGCACGGCUUCCACGGCCUACAGGAACUCGGAGGGCCAGUUCUUCUCCAGCAUGACGCUCUGGGGGCUGGCCAUGAAGACGCUGCAGAACGACAACGAGCUGGACCAGUGAUGGCCACGCCCCCACGGCUGGGAAGCGGUGCACGCUGUGGCAGGGCCAACGAGGGAGGCAGCGCCAGCCUCCGGACACCCUCAUCAGCUGCGCUAAGGGAAAUGGAGAUGUACCACACAGAUACUAUUUUUGUAUUUUCCAAGCUUGAAAUUUGUAGCAUCUUGUAUUUUUAAAUAUUUACACAGAUUCUAUUUGUAUUUGAAACUCAUAAUUUAAUUUGA